AUUGCUUUAUGGACAUAUUGAUCGGGUUUGACAUUUCCACUCACGUGCCGGGUCAGCUGUUGUUCCAUGGCCACCCCCAGCUGAAAUCAUACCUCCCAGGCAUCCUAGAGGACAUCACCUCCAUCAGGGGCGUGAGCUGUGGGGCAGGUGCAGAAAUGCAGGUGAGCGUGGCCUUUAAGGUGAACAAUGACCAAGAAUUCCCUGCCACAUUCCAGAUCUACCAGGAAACAAUAUUUAAGAGCCUGCUGCAAGUCACUGUCAAGGGGUCAACUCAUCUGAAUGCACAGUUCUUGCAGUCGCUGUGGGACACAUUUGAGGAUAAAUCUGCAUCCCAAGGACAGGUGCUACUCAUCUUUUCAGAUGGCGUUGGGGAGGAAAGCAUCACAAUGCUUGAAAAUCAGUCGGACAGGCUCAGAGAA